GGAAUGGCAUCAAAUGCAUGGAAACCAUGUGUUUUGAUGUAUUUGAUCCCAUUCCACUGGCUCCGCUCCAGCCAUUACCACGAGCCCAUCCUCCCCAAUUCAGGUGCCACCGACCUCCUGUGCCUACUGACAUACCCCCAUUCAAAGGCACUUAACUUUUGUUUUGCCCGUUAACCCUCUGAAUGGCACACACACAAUCCAUGUCUCAAUUGUCUCAAGGCUUAAAAAUCCUUUACCUGUCUCCUCCCCUUCCCUAAAGUGAUUGAAGUGGAUUGAACAUGUGACAUCAAUAAGGGAUCAUAGCGUUCUGGUCAGUCUAUGUCAAUGUUUUGUACACUCAGUGAAAAACGCUAUCUGGGUCAGGUGAGCAUCAUUUGAAAGCUUGUUCUAUUGCUAACACGACUAGCUAAGUUAUAAAGUACAAUGUUAGUGUUUAGGCUUUCACGGGGCAAUUCAGAGAAACUGAUCGUAAUUGUGGUGUGUCUAGAAAGGAGUCGUGUGCAUUAGGUGUGUUCAGCGGCACAUUUUCAUCACAAUAGACAAACGGGCUCAUUCUGUUCAGAACAACCCAGAGUAUGACGCCAUGUCAUCUCGUAAAUAACUAUGGACAUCAUUGUGAUCAUAAACGUUGACACUGUGUAUGACGUGGGUUUCAUAUGGAAAUAUGUAGUGCACAUUUGGGCUCGGGUGUUUGGCUUGCUUGUGUGACAUCAUAGUGGUAUUUGUCGUCAUCCUCAACGUCUCAUCUUUAAAAAAUACAUUAAUUCCCUCACUUAGACAACAAACACGUAGCUCAAGAUGCUUAAUUAGCGGGAGGGAUGUGGGCAACUAAUUGUUGCAUGCGGUGCUCAAGUUUAGAACUGCUGUCAGUCAAAUCCAGCGCUGUGACGUGCAGAGCCUGAGCUUUGAUGUCAUUUCUAGCAUGUUACUGUACAGCAACUGUGUUCCAAUUUAGGAGUUUAUCAGUGUCCAAAACUGCCAUGUUCAACCUGUAUAUGGGUACAAGUGUAAAGGGCUACCUGCAUAUUAUCUGUCUGUAAUAAACAACUAUUGCUGGCCUAGAAUCGAAAACACUCGACUCCGUCGAUCCAAGGGAAGUUUCAAACCUAAAUAGGCCUAUCUUUGGUUUAAUAUGAGCACAGGGAAGUUGGAACCCCACCAUGCAUGCGCGCGCGCUCCACUGGUCAAAAUGACCGCCUCCAAUCAAUUUUAAAUGCCCAGAAACAGAAUCAAUCAGGUUGAUGGAAUUAACAUUUAAUGGAUGUUUGUUUACUUGACUGAUAGGAAUCGAGAGCAGUGAUUAACGACAUGGUGUCAUCUCCGAUUAGGAUUCCCAUUCAGAAAGGUUAGCGCUGAUGAUCACCUCAACUGAGAGUCCAUGAGUUUAUUUCCUGACGCUUUGACUGCAAUGAUCAAAACAAUGGGUGUAAAUACAACAACGGAAACGAAGUUCUGAUUGGGCAUGUAGAGUAGUAUUGAGUUUCGAUAUAGAUCUGCGCCAACCCAUCCCAUGAGCUAAUUGAUCAUUAUUUCAUGGUCCUGUAUUUGUUUUACGCCUCUCCUGUAAGCACUAUUCAAUGCACCCUGGUCAAUGUAUAAUUUGCCGCCUAUAAAACUGCAGCUAUGGCAACAUAAAAAGCACCAAAGGGAAUUUGGAGUCAUGCGUAAAAGGUGUAAACCACUCGGGACAACAUCUAGGUCAGGGGUUCCCCGGUCAGAUUUUCCCAGAGUUCCCGAAGGAUAUUGAAAUAUAAUGGCUCCCAUUGUUUAACCAUUACUCCUACCUGUAUCAAUUUCACUAAGUGUAUCUCACACAAUCUAUCACACAUUGAUAGCCUAUUGCAUGCAAUAGGUUAUCAUGCAUUUGAUAAAUGUGUUUGAGGGGGGGGCACAACAAGUAGACUAGGUUAAUCUUGACUACUUAUAUCCCGCUCACAUAAAAAUAACAAUCCCCUUAGUGCUCUAGAUGUUGCCAAAGACGAUUCUAUUUCAUGGUGAGGGGGGCAGGGGAGCAAUUCUCAUUGAAGAUGAGUCCUCCUACUUAAACAAAUCCAUUUACAAAAAGGACCAUUGUAAAUUCGACCAUUGAAAUCCGAUUCAUUUUUUUUCACUCUUGGAAAGCAUAGUUCUUAACCAUGACAAGGCAAGUGGAGGUACACGUUUACGGACUAUUGGACUGAGGGGCGGUUGGGUACGAGCACAUUUGGAGAGUUGGGAACACUCUUAGCCCCAUACCUGUAAAACCUCGCCUAAGUGGUUUGACAAAUAUCGUUUCUUUUUAUCUUACACGGGAUAACCCCACAAACCGGAUUUCAGAGACUUGGAUAGCAGUGCUAGUUGGCAACGACUAUAGAAACGAGGAUCCGUUGACGAAAAAGCUUUUUAGUGAUUAAGUUAUUCCAUGAUCACUUAAUUUUUUUAUGUUUAUUAAGUGAAUGGCUGGCACUACUAGUCCACCAAUUUAGCAAAAAAACGUAUGACAGGUCCAACCGGACCACGGGUGGCGGUCACCGAUGGCUGAAACUCAAUCUAUUAAUCUGAAUUCACCCAGCUAGAGGGUAUAUGAUGCGCUAUAAAGUAGCCUAAUUUCAGCUAAAUGGUCCAGGGUGACAAUAGGUUACAUCAAACACACCAUGUUAGUGAAACUGGACACUGAACGCAUGCGAAACAAUUGAGACCGUCUUUGGAUUGAAUCAACAUGCAAUUGGCACAGUUCCUAUCCAUUUGCGUCCCCGCCUUGUUGCAACAGGUUGCGCGCUUGGCCUUCCACAAAUGCACUUAUAGCGCACAGUUUUGACUUUGCUCUUACUUUCAGACUCGAAUGUUACAGAUUUCGGCGACAUGGUUGAGCACGGAGGCCUUGAUCUUAUGUGUUUAAAUAAGUCCUACAGUCACAGUUCCACUACCUCGUCCUCCAGCUCAGAGCGAGAAAAGAAAAUAUUCACCAAGUUGAAAGUCAGUUUGACUGAGGACUAUCCGCAGAAGAACGCGGAGAUUCUGAGCGGCCAGUAUGGGACUAAUUUACUUUUGAUCGGCGUGUCGCUGAUGCUGGCUAUUGCGCACCAUGGCGCAUCGGUGAAGGAAGAGCACCUGCUGUCGUUUAUCACGACCCUCAUGAUCCUCCAGCUGACAUGGAUGAUAUGGUACAUCGUGAGCAGAGACAGGCAGAGUAACUUACAGCCAGAAAAGGAUGUGCAUGCUACUACCUGUUGGAUAAGAGGUGGGUUAACUCUUCUUGCGCUCCUCUCGUUGAUCAUGGAUGCCUUCCGAAUUGGUUAUUUUGUGGGCUAUCGAUCAUGCGUGUCGGCUGUUCUAGGGGUAUACCCUAUCAUCCACGCAACUCACACAAUAGCACAGGUGCAUUUCCUUUGGUUUCACAUCAAGGAUGUCAUCAAGACCUUCGAGACCUUUGAAAGAUUUGGCGUCAUCCAUGCAGUCUUCACCAACCUGCUACUGUGGUGCAACGGUGUGAUGUCUGAGGCUGAGCACUUCCUAAACAACCACAAGAGAAGACUCUCUUCCCUGGGCUAUGUAAACCUCACCAUAGUGGAUAUGGAGCCUCACUGUAAUUGCACUACCAGCGCCUGCUCCAUGUUCUCCAACAGCCUCUACUACCUAUACCCCUUCAACAUAGAGUACCACAUCUUUGUCUCUGCAAUGCUCUUCGUCAUGUGGAAGAACAUAGGGCGCAGCAUUGACCUCCAGUACAACCGGAAAAGGCCAGCUACCAGGACCCAGGGGCUGGUGGUCGGCCCCAUCCUGGGUCUUGUCGCCUUGGCCAGCACCAUCGGCGUGCUGGUGGUCUACAUCAUCCAUGUGGAAGAGUCGAUGGACACCCGGGAGUCGGCCAUCGCAAUGUUCUACUGCUACGGCAUUGUCAUGCUGGUGUUCAUGUGCUCGGCCGGGGCCACGGGUCUGCUCAUAUACCGUGCCGACCCUAUGCCUAUGGACACCACCAAGAACCCCUCGCGGACGCUGGACACAGAGAUCCUAUUCGGAUCGUCAGUGGGCUCCUGGCUCAUGUCCUGGUGCAGCGUGGUGGCUGUGGCAGCCUCAAGCAGCAGCCCGAGCUACCGCUGGACCAACCUGAUGUACUCACUGCUCAUUGUCCUGGAGAAGUACAUCCAGAACCUGUUCAUCAUAGAGUCCCUCUACCGCCAGCGGGAGGACGGUGAGAGGGACGACGCUGAGGCGGCGGGGCCAGUGCCAGAGAUCUUCUCUGUGACCUCCUCCUUGGCUCCGCCCUACAACGGCAUCAUCAACCGGGCGUACGAGAACCCAGACAAGGGCUGUGUCACGCUGGAGAACGAGCAGGUGGAGAACGGACAGGUUUACGGCACAUUCAGCACACGGAAACAUUCAGCAGUGCCCCUGCACGCCGGGAACAACGUGGCGGAGACCCCGAGCAAGAAGAGGCAGAUUCUGAAGAACAUUGCUGUGUUCCUCUUCAUGUGCAACAUCUCACUCUGGAUCCUCCCCGCCUUCGGCUGCAGACCCCAGUAUGACAACGGCCUGGAGCAGGAGACGUUUGGCUUCACCAUAUGGACAACGGUUCUCAAUUUUGCCGUGCCCAUGAACCUCUUUUACCGCAUGCACUCUGUGGCCUCCCUCUUCGAAGUCUUCCGAAGGGUGUGACAAGACAAAGAGGGACCGACAAGACGACGCAACAUGCACAAGAACACUUGUCACCAAGGGCUCCAUAGAGGAAAUUAAUAGCAACACAGGUCAACCUUUCAGGAGGAGCUUUUGUCAUGUACUUUAGACUUCUAAAUAAGCAUUGAAACUUGUCAGUUUAGGGGGCUUAUACUAGAUGAGAUGUCCCUUGUAGCGAUGCAUCUUCGGAAACAUUUUAUAGCACCGGAUAUAAACAACAAAUUACAUUGACAUCAGACCAUGGAUUCAAAUAGUAUUCGGAAUCUUUCAAAUACUUUAGCUGUGGUUGCUUGAGCUGGCCUGGCACAUUGUAACCAAUGGAAUAGCCCCAAAUGUGCAAGAACUGAUCCCCUGCCCCGGAAGGCUCACCCAAAACGCCAAAGUCUUUGAAAGAUUUCAAAUAGUAUUUGCUUUGCUGUGUGUUGCUGCACUGAAAAGUGAAAUUGACAUUUGAAUUUAGGUCUCUGUUAUAACAAGUGUUUGGGUUCGUCUUUUGAUGUUCAUCAAAGUUUUGUUGAACGCGUUAUUAAACGCGUAUGUAAUAGUUUAGUGUCGUUCGUCUCUCAGAUCUAGUACAGAUGUAAGCCAGGCUAUGUAUGAAUGCGUCAUGAGAGUGGAGCAUGAUAAGUGAUGAUACAUGAUGAAAGUAGAUGGCGCAGUGAAACAACUUAUAUCGAAAUGCCAUGCCACAUUAAUUUUUCAAAUCCUGUAUCAUGGUGAGACUAGUGGGACUCGUCCCCGGUUGCUCUGAUUUCACACACACACCACUGUGUUUGCAGCAGUACUCCAACAUCAUAGAGAAGCCAAAGAAGCUCUCUCGGCCUCGAUUAUUUAACGUCACAUAAGAACUGUACUAUGGAUUGUAAAGAUGACGUGCAACUGUAAAAGCCUUAAAGGUUUUAGUUGUUUUUUUUGUGUUGCCAUUUUUAUGUAUAUUUCAAAUGCACAUACUGUCAUGGAGGAUGUUCUCAGUGGUCAGAAAAAUACACAGGAAACUCAACACUUCUGUGUCAAACACUUGAACUACUUGGCUGGCCACAGUCUAGAGUCCUACAUGUACUGUAGUAUAGGGCAGCGCUAGACUUUGAUUGCUCUUCGGUGUAAUAUUGGACUGUAGUUCUCAAUCUCUCUAAAAAGUCAAUUGGACUGUAGUUCUCAGAAUCGCCAACAAAUGAACACUGGACUGUAGUUCUCACUAUCUUUCGCAAACGUCUCAUUGUAUUGACUGUCCUCAAUCAUGACUUGUUGACAUCAUUCCGUGUAUAUUUGAUGACAUACACAUACAGUUGAAUGCUGUACAGUGUUGACUGAUCUUUAAUGCUAGUAGCUCUACUUUCCUUUUAGUUAUAGUUCUUCUUUUAAUGAACCUCAAAUGUGGUUUCCUUAAAUAUAUUUAACAUUUCAAUAAUUGUUAUGGAACUCAAAUUGCCUAAGAAACCCGCCUGGGAGUGUGUGGAGCGUGCCCCAAUCCCCACUGAUGUAUUCCCUGGACCCAUAUUAAUAAGCCUAGUUCUGGACUAAAACAAAUGCUCAAUGGAGAAUCUCCAUUGAAAGUGUCCGUAAACUUGCCACCGGCCGACAGUGUGCCCCAUUUGCUCUCCCACUCCAUAAUGUUGGUGAAGAGACUAAGUACUAUUUUAAAGGGACAAUCUGCAGUUCAAACAACACCAAAGCGUUUUCCACCCUGCCACUGUUUCGGUAAACAGCGGAAGAAUGGGGCGGUUAUUAUGUCAUUGAAAAGGGAAACGAUACAAUAUUUGCACAGAUCAGUAUAUACUGUAUUGACUGACAUGCAUUUUCCAAAAAGCAAAUAUGUUGCUUCAAACUGAAACAACUCUGAAACUGAACCAAAUAUCUUGAUUGAUGUAGUUUUGAAAAGUAAGCGUUGACAAUAAUCUUAACCUGUGAUGUUGUUGAUCGAUUUUGUGAUGAAUUAGUGAAAUGUAGUGCUACUGUAUGGUUCAUUUUUGGACAACAUAUUUAGGCUGUAGGGACUAUCAGAAAACUGUGAGUUCUACAUUGGUGCUAACUACUGUACUUGUUUUCAGUUGUACGUGCCAAUCUGUGGCCAAUGCUUAUUGGUAAACCUGCACCAAUACUAUAUCCUCCCUGUGUACAUAUCUGAACGUAGAUUAAAGCGAAUGUACAUAAAGACUCCUGGCUCUGUAAUAAAAAUGAUUUUGAAACUGA